UCGAGUCUGCUGAACGCGACCAUUGAUAUCCGUUUACAGCUUUAUGAUAUAUCGUGCAUACCUGUUGAUCUUGACCGACGGAAUGAAGUGCAUUACUCCUGAAAUUUCGUGGCAUAAUCGCGACCCAGUCCUGAGUGUUGAUAUACAGAGCGGUUUGUACGAAAAUCUGAAAGGAGAAACGUUUUGGAGAGUGGCUACUGGAGGAGCGGACUGUCAUGUUUUGAUUUGGCAUUUAACAACAACCAAAUAUGGUGGAGCUACUGUGAGCUUUGCAGCAGACUUGGAUCGUCAUCAGAGAGCAGUAAAUAUUGUGAGAUUUUCUUCGUCAAGGGAAGUUCUAGCAUCAGGAGAUGAUGAAUCGAUUAUUAUUUUGUGGAAAGUCAAGGAAGGACGAGACUUUUCUCCACCUUCAGGUGAAACUGAAAAUAAAGAACAGUGGACUUCCUGGAAAGUACUGAAAGGUCACAUCGAAGACAUUUAUGAUAUUAGUUGGUCGCCGGACUCCAAUUUUCUAAUCUCUGGAUCUGUUGAUAAUACCGCUAUAUUAUGGGAUAUCCAGAAAGGUCGUAAAACUGCGAUAUUACAGGAUCACAAAGGUUUUGUCCAAGGAGUAUCUUGGGAUCCCUGCAAUCAAUAUGUAUGCACUAUCAGCACAGAUAGAUACUGUCGUUUAAUAAGCAUUGCCACAAAGAAAGUUGUUCAACGUGUUUAUAAGUCUAAAAUUCCGACACCAUCCGGUAGCUCAUUGCAGGGGAAGCUCGUACGUCUAUUUUACGACGACACCUUCAAAUCUUUCUUCCGCAGACUGACCUUCUCGAUAGACGGAUCCCUAAUUUUCGUUCCGUCUGGAAUAAUCGAGUUGCAGGAGACCACAGAGACUAUAUCAAAUGCAGUAAUUGUUUUCUCUAGAGAAGAUAUAAGGGAACCAAUAAUGAUCUUACCUACUUUAAAUGAAUGUACUAUAGCAGUACGAUGUUGCCCUAUCUAUUUUGAAUUGCGACAGAAUAGUCCAGCUGCUUUGGUACCGUUACCUUACAGAAUGAUAUUCGCUGUUGCGACGCAGAGUUCUGUAUUACUCUACGAUACGCAGCAGACUUCUCCGAUCGGUGUGGUGUCGCUCAUUCAUUAUGGUAGACUAAAUGAUCUUUCGUGGUACGUGAUUGUCAAUAUGGUAUAUUUGUUAUUUGAAUUAUUUUCGAGUAUUAGCGUCUUUUUUUAUAGGUCUAGCGAUGGCCAAAUUUUAAUCACGUCUUCGAGCGAUGGUUACUGUUCCAUAAUAUACUUUGAAGAAGGUGAACUAGGAGAAAUUUAUAAGAUGAAAGAAAAUUCUGUACAAGAAAGUACAAUAAUAAAGGAAACAUCCAAAAAUUCUAGUAAAAAAUCUUCGUACAAUACAAUCAAAGACAAAAACAAUGUUUCAACAUUCAAUGUGGAUGAUUGUGCGAUGGACGUUGAACUUGUAGAAAGUAACACAACCAACGCUAUAACAAAUAAUCGAUCUGAAGAACUUGAUGGACAGAAACCGGACGAAAUUAUUAGUAGUAAAAAUAUUAUAUCAGAAAAUAAUUUACAGAUAGACAAGAAAUUGAAUGAAGAAGAAACAGAAGAUAUCAAAUUGGUGUAUAAUGAAGAAAAUAGUAGCGAUGUGACCAAGGUCAAAACCAGAAAUACUCCGCCAAAGUCUGAUGCUCCUAUUAUAUGUCACAAAACUCCUAGAAGGGUAAAAUUAAUAACUUUGUCGAGUCCAAAAGGACACAAGAAACAAUAGCUUGUAAAAAAUAGACUUCUAAGAUUUGCUAUGUAACUUUUAACUAUAUAA